AUGGCGUCAAUCCAUAUCUCCUGCACCUGUAGCACUGCUGCUGCGGCCGCUGCUCCUUCUUCCUCCUUGCUCCAGGACGGGCGCCGCCGCGCUUUCCUCUUUGCCUUCUUCCCCUCUUCUUCUCACUUGCCCACUGUGACCCACUGUAAAAGGCCGGGUUCGCUGGCCAGGGUCUCCCUCCAAGACCCUGUUCCCCAGACCUCCGCAGACCCACCGGCGGAAUCACAAGCGUCGCCGGAGCUGAGAGCUGCGCCUGCUGUGAGGAGCACCAUCUGGGUCAACCCUAAUAACCCGAGGGCCUCCCGCCUCCGGCAGCAGUCCUCAGAGUCCAGGUACGCUCGCCUCGCCCAGCUUGCUGAAACUCUUGACUCCUGCAAUCCCACCGAGCUGGAGGUCGCUGAAAAGCUCUCUGUCCUGGGAGAGAAGCCGUCGGAGCAGGAGGCCGUGAUCGUGCUGAACAACAUGGGUAACCCCGAGACGGCCCUGCUUUCUCUCCGGUGGUUCCAGGAGAAGAUUAGAGUUAAGAAAGACGUCAUCCUCUACAACGUCACCCUGAAAGUCAUGAGGAAGUGCAGGAGUUGGGACGGGGCGGAGAGUCUACUGAAGGAGAUGCUGGAGAAAGGGGUGGAGCCCGACAAUGUGACGUUCUCCACCAUAAUAAGCAGCGCCAGGGUGUGCAAUCUGCCCGAGAAAGCGGUGCAGUGGUUUGAGAGGAUGGGUGAAUUCGAUUGCCGACCUGACGACGUCACUUAUUCGGCGAUGAUUGAUGCAUAUGGUCGGUCGGGCAAUGUCGAUAUGGCCAUGAAACUCUAUGAUCAGGCUCGAGAGGAGAAGCGAAGGCUGGACCCUGUGACUUUCUCCACGGUAAUCAAGGUGUAUAGUACCUCGAACAAUUUUGACGGCGCACUGAAUGUCUAUGAAGAGAUGAAGGCGCUGGGAGUGAAGCCCAACUUGAUUACCUAUAACACGCUGUUGGAUGCAAUGGGCAGAGCCGGCAGGCCAUGGCAGGUGAAGACCAUAUAUAGGGAGAUGGAGAGCAAUGGCUUCUCGCCCAACCGCGCAACGUAUGCAGCACUGGUGCGCGCCUAUAGUAGGGCUCGUUAUCCAGAGGAUGCCCUCCGGGUUUACAGAGAGAUGAAGGGGAAAGGCAUAGAGCUGAAUGUGGUCUUGUGUAAUACCCUUUUAGCCAUGUGUGCCGAUUUGGGCUAUGUUGACGAAGCCAUGGAGAUAUUCCAAGAGAUGAAAAGAUCACCCGAGCUCUGCAAACCGGAUAGCUGGACUUACUCUUCUUUGAUCACCAUUUAUUCAUGCAGUGGGCAAGUUGAAGAAGCAGAGAGCAUCUUCACUGAGAUGGUGGCUUCUGGGUUUGAGCCUAACAUCUUCGUGCUCACUUCCCUCAUCCAGUGUUAUGGAAAGGCUAAGAAGAUCGACAACGUUGUUGAAACAUUUGACAGGAUGCUGAAACUGGAUAUAACACCAGACGACAGGUUCUGUGGUUGUCUUCUGAAUGUGCUUACUGAAGCCCCAGUAGAAGAGCUGGGGAAGGUUAUCGAAUGCAUCAGUAGAGCAAAUCCCGCCUUGGGUUCUUUAGUCAAGCAACUCGUGGACGAGAAAGUCGAGGACAAAGUAAUUAAAGUCCAGGCUGAGGAGCUAUUCACAAACAUUGGCAAAGAAGUGAAGAAGGCUUACUGUAAUUGCUUGAUUGAUCUUUGCGUCAACCUUGAUAUGCUGGAGAGGGCGUGCGUGCUCUUGGACAUGGCUCUCAGGCUAGGGAUCUACUCUGGUCUUCAAUCGAAAUCCACCACCCAAUGGUCCCUUCAUGUGAGGAGCCUCUCACUUGGGGCGGCUCUGACAGCCUUGCAUGUCUGGAUGAAUGAUCUGUCUAGGGCAUUGGAAAACGGCGAGGACCUGCCUCCAUUGCUAGGUAUAAACACUGGUCAUGGGAAGCAUCGAUACUCGGAGAAAGGAUUGGCGUCUGUCUUUGAAUCCCAGCUGAGAAAGCUGAACGCCCCCUUCCAUGAGGCCCCAGAUAAGGUGGGUUGGUUUUUGACGACGAAGGUUGCUGCCAAGCCAUGGUUGGAGUCGAGGAAUUCUCCCACCGUUGCUGCUGUCUAG